AUGCCCAUCAUGUCGCUCUGUCACUCCUUUCCCGCUCCCGUUUCCGCUCUUUCCGCUCUCGUCCCUCCCGGAAUCCAUGCAACCACCCUGGUGUCCCGAAUCAAAGGCGCGCAAGGGGCGGGGGGCGCGCAAGGGGAAGGCGGAGAGGGGCUGACGGCGGAGGGGGAGUGGAACAGCGGCGGAGCGAAAGCGGGGGAGUGGAUGUGGGAGGGGGGUGAGGGAGGCGCAGGGCAGCAGAAAUGGGGCGAGUGGGGAGCAGGGGGGGAGGAGAAAGAGCCGGGUCAGACCCUGCCUGCACCAGAUGUACCCGGAUUCUUGAAUACCCGCCCGAUACCCAACCCUGAUUUCCCCACAGACGAGGGGGGGUCCGAAGGCAGAGGUUCAGGGUUGACGCAUGGGGAGGAGGAGGACGGCGAGGGGGAGGGUGGUGGUGGGGCGUAUGACGCAGAGACGGGAGUGAGGAAGGGGAAGGGGAAAGGGAAGGGGAAGGGGAAGGGGAAGGGGAAGGGGAAGAGGAAACCGAGGUAUGGGGGAGGUCCGGAUGAUUGGGAGGAGGUGCAUGAGCAGCUGAUCACAGAGGCUGAUACUAUUGCAGGGGAGGCUAGGCUCGCUGCUAAUGAGGCUGAAAUGGCCGCUGCUACUGUGGGGGAGGGCGGUGGGGGGAAGGAAGGGGGGAGGGGGAAGGCGGGGGGGCUGACGCGGAGAAGUCUCGCUUCAGUGACUAAUCACUUCAUUCUCUCUUUUUCCCCCAUGCGCCCUGCUCCUCCCUUUCCUCCCUCGUCUUCCCCUUUUCCCCCCUUCAACCCCCCCCCUCCUCUCCCGCUCUCCCUUAUGUGUCCAUCGCCCCGUUUGCUCGCAGAGGAAGCAGAGGAGGAUGGGGUGGAUGAGGAGGCGAGGGAGGAGGAGGAGGAGGAGCGGGAGGAGGAGGCGGAGAUGGAAACGGACGGCCCAGAUGACUCCGACGAGGAUGACAACGACAGCAGCACCUCCCCCCGGGGAGGGGGUAUGCGGGGGCGCAGCAGUGUGCUGGCAAGGCGCAUCCCGGGCACAGGGGUGCGGGGGGAGGAGCAGGUGGGGCGCGUGCGGCGGCAGCUGGCGUGCCUGGCAGGCAGGGAGGGCGGGCGGUGGGCGCUCAACAGCACGCCCCGCUGGCUGCCGUGGGACCUAACAGCCUCGCGCCACCACCAUUCGUCUCGCCACCCCAACCACCGCUCCUGCGAUCAACUCUGGGCCAAAGAUGAUCCCGCUUCCUUCCUCGCCCCUCUCCCGUCGCCCGUGUCUCAUCCGACCCACCCACGCUCCUUGCUCGUGUCCUCCUCCUCCUCCUCCCUUCUCAAGCUAGCCCUCCACUCACUACCCUGCCCCUACACCACUCGUUCUCCACACCCUCACUCACCACCACACACCACCCACCCGUGUGGAGCAGGGCAGGCAGGGUGUACGGUGCAGCAUUGGGAGGGUGAGGCAGAGCAGUGGCAACUGCAGCAGUGGGGCAGCGCCUAUAUUCCUAGGCGCCUCAAUAAUCCAACAUCUUAUCCUUUCCUGCCCUGUCCCAUCCCCAAUCACCCACCUCUAUGGAGCAGGGAGGGCGGGGUGUAUGGUGCAGCAGCGGAGAAGGCUCGGCGGCGGGGGGAUGCAACGCGGUGGCGGGUGCGGCGUGCGGCGCUCUACGAGUGGCAGUCAGGCGACGCCUCGUGCCCUCUGCUGCCCUUCCAGCGCACUGCCUUCUGCCGGGCUGUGCGCGGGCGCAAUGUGGUGGUGGUGGGGGAUGCGGGGGCGUUGGAUUUACACGAUGCGCUGCUGAACCAUCUUGUGACGGCCCACACCCGCCGCAUUGCUGAGCCGUUGGGAGAUGCCUGGGCCAAUGCCACAGAGGGCGCAUGCUACGAGGCAGGCCAUCCUCUCUGCACCGACGUGCGCCUCUCCCCCUCCUCUCCCUCUUCCUCGUCCUCUGCCUCCUCCUCCCGCUCCUCCCACCUCCCCUCCUCCCACUCCCACUCGCGCACGCGCUCCCGCACCUCCUCUUACACCGGCGGCCACAGCACCACAAGCAGGAGAAGCAAGCAGGGGGGCAUGAGCACCCAGCGGCAACGGCAGCAGCGGGAGAUGAGGGAGGUAGAGGAGGAGAAAGAGGAGGACGACGAGGAGGAGAGAGUCGGCCAGCAUGAGUGGGAGAGGAGGGCGGAGGAGGAAGAGGUGGGGGAGGGGAGAGUGGGCAGACAUCUGAUGCGGUACGGGGGAGGGCCGGAGGAGAGCGAGGUAGGGGAGUUGAGCAGAGGGGGGAUGGGGGAGGCGGAGGAGGAGGAGGAGGAGGGCAGUGCGGGGUCAGCGGGGUUCAACAUGCGCGUGGUGCUCAACCCAUUCCUGUCCCCGGACACAGGGCGAGUGUCCUCUGUGAACAACCGCUGGGUGAAGAAGCUGAGGCGCUGGCGCACUGGCAUCCUGGUGCUCUCCCGCACCGCGCGAUACAAGAGCAAGCGCACGUUACUACGGGAGUUACGAGCCACAUUGAAGGCGGUGCGGCAGCGGCAUCCCAAUCUGCUCAUCAUCUGGCGCAACUCCCCAGCGCCGCACGACGAUUGCGACGAUGCCACGCUGCCCCUCCGCCGCCGCCCCCUCGCCUCCUCGUCGCGCCACCGCGAGAUGAACGAGAUCGUCAAGCCGCUGCUCGAGGAGUACGGAGUGGUGUAUAUGGAUGUGGAUGCAGCCACCUCGCUGCGCCCCGACGGGCACCAUGUGAGGAGGGACGGGUCGGUGGACUGCCAGCGCUACUGCAUGCCCGGCCCGCUCGACCACUGGGUGCAUCUGCUCUUCAACCACCUCCUCCUCCUCAACCGCCACACCCCCCUGCCCUCCCGCUCCCCUCUAUCCCACGCCGCUGCUGCUGCUGCCUCUGCGACCCCGGCUGGUUUGGGUGGGGGAGAUAGUGGGGAGGGGAGUGGGAAGACGGAUGGAGGUGGGAGUGUCGGUGGGGGUGCAAAGGGGACGGACGAGGGUUCGGUGGCAGAGGGUAGAAAUGGGAGCAGCUCUGAAAGUGCUGGUGCUGCUGCUGCUGGUGAUGGUGCUGGGAUGGGAGGUUCUGGCAGUGGUGAGAGAGGGGACGGUGGAGGGGACGGGAUGGGCAGUGGGAGUGAAGGGAAGGAGGGUGUGGAGGGGAGAGGAGGGGAGGGCGAGGAGGGGAGGAAAGGGGAGGGUGAGGAGGGGAGGGGAGGGGAGGGCGAGGAGGCGAAAGAAGGGGAGCGUUCAGGAGUUGAUGGGGCAGAGGGAGGAGAUGGUGGAGGGAAGAGGGGUGGAGAGGGCGAGGGUGGGGAAGGUGAAGGGGAGAGGGUAGGAGGGAAGGGAGAGAGAGAGGAAGGUGGUGAGGUGAGAAGUAGGAGAGGCGAGACUGAGGGGGAAGAGAGCGGGCUGGCUGGGAAGAAGGUAGAUGAGGGGACGUUUGAGAGGGGGGAGGAGGAGAGUGGAGGAGAGGAAGGUGGAGAGGAAGAGGGAGGUGAGGGAGGAGGAAAGAGCGAAGGGGACGAGGAGUUGGGGGGGAAGAAGGUGGAUGAGGGGACGUUUGAGAGAGGCGAGGAGGAGGGUGAGGGUGAGGAGGAGGGAGAGAGUGAGGGAGGAAAAAAGAGCGGUGGGGAUGUGGAGUUGGGAGGAGAGAAGCUGGAUGAGGGGACGUUUGAACGAAAGGAGGAUGAAGGCGAGGGCGAGGGUGAGGGGGAGGGUGAAAGGGAGAGUGAAAGGAGAGGGGAGAGCAGAGGGGAAGACGAGCAGGGAGGGGCGAAGGUGGAUGAGGGUACUUUUGAGAGGAAGGAGGAGGAAGGUGAGGGGGAGGGCGAAGGGGAGAAGGAAAGUGAAGGGGAUUUGGGCGGAGGUAAGGUGGACGAGGGGACGUUCGAGAGAAAAGAGGAGGAGAGUGACGGAGAGGGGGAGGAUGGGGAUGAUAGCAGGGGGAAGGGGGAUGGAGAGCUAGGAGGGGCAAAGGUGUCGCACGGCACGUUUGAGAGGCAGGAGGAGGGCGGACAGGAGGAGGACAGGCAGGAGGGAGGAGACGGAGAGAAGGGGGGAGAAGGUGAGAAGAGGAGUGGGGAGCUGGGCGGAGUGGAGGUGGGGGGUGGGACGUUUGAGCGGGGUGAGGAGGGAGGGGAAGGGGAACAGUCUACAGGAGAGGGUGAGGCGGUGGCAGGCGGUGGUGGUGAGGGGCAGAAGGACGGGGAGGGGCAGCGGGUAGGAGGAGAAGGAGGAGAGAGGAGUGAGGCAAAGACCACAGAAGAAUCAGCCACAGCAGCAGCAGCAGCAGCAGCAGCAGCGACGGCAGAGAGUGAAGGUGGGCAGGGAGGGAGGGAGCGAGAGGGAGUGAGCAAUCUUCCCAUCAGCAGCACUGCCCUCCUUUGCCAUUCCUUCCCCUCCCUUGCCCUCCUUUGCCAUUCCUUCCCCUCCCUUGCCCUCCUUUCCCUCCCUUCCCCUCCCUUGCCCUCCUUUCCCUCCCUUCCCCUCCCUUGCCCUCCUUUCCCUCCCUUCCCCUCCCUUGCCCGUCCUUCAUUCCCCAUGGCCACGCCAGAGCCCAUGAUGGAUCACAUUCCCGGCAGCAUGGUGAAGGGCAGGGCAGCAGUAGAGGCAGUGCAUCGAGCGCUGGAGUGUGUGGUGAAGGACGGGCGGUGGAAGGCGAAUGAGGAGAUGAGAGUGCUGCCGUGGAACCGCAACCCCAACAGCGACCCGCAGCUGCCCAACUACGGCACGUGUGACGUGCUGCAUGAGACCGAGGCGGGUGGGGUGAUGGGCGAUGUAGCAGACGAGAUAGUACGAACAAACGGCAGCCCGGCGGACUGGAAGGUGCGCCCAGAGCUGCUCUUCGACUGGAAGCCGGCCACGGGGCGCGGGUGCCCGCCCUACGUGCCGUUCACGCGCGAGAAGCUGUGCCGCUUGCUCGCCCGCCGCAACGUGGUCAUGGUGGGGGACGGCACCCAGCUGCUGCUGCACGAUGUGUUUCUCAACAACAUGUACUCGCUGCAGUCUGUUGAUCAGAUGGGCAAUUUGGAAGAUGCCUGGGAGCGAGAUGGCGAACCAGACUGUGCGGACGAGGGCCACACCCUGUGCUGGGACGUGUCACCAGGAGCAACCUUCAGCGUCCGCGUCGUUCACAACAACCUGCUGUCCGCCGACCUGCCGGGCGGCGGCAAGUACAACAAGCGGUGGAUCAAGCGUCUGCUCGCUUGGAACGCGUCGGUGGUGAUCAUCAACAAGGGCGCCGAGCUGCGGCCCAGUGCGUCCAAGCGAUACGUGGAGACCCUAAGGGACACAAUGCAACUGCUGCGGCGCCUGGCUCCCGACGUGCUCGUGGUCUUCCGCAGCACGUGGCGCGGCCAUGUAGACUGUGGGCGCGCCGAGGGGCCACUCAAGGAAGUACCGGGCAAGGGCGGCGCCACGCUGCCGUGGGACUUUGCCAUCGAGCAGAACAAUGCUGCCCGCGCCAUCAUGAAGGAGUACGGCGGCGUGUACCUGGACAUAGACACGCCCCUGUCGAUGCGGCCAGACGGCCAUCUGUGCAAGCUGAGUGGAGCCAUGGACUGCUACAUGUACUGCUUGCCCCUGGAAUACCGCCCCCUCCUCCCCACCCUGCAUCCACCUUCCCCUCUUCCCUUGCGCCCUCUUUCCACCCCUCACCAUUCCAGGAAUAUGGUGGAGUGUACUUAG